AUGUUGGUGUUUCUAUUCAUUCAUUUUUAUUUUCUUCGAAUUAUAUUUAUUCAUAUUUUGCAGAAUACGUUUCACCUGUUGUAUAACGAUGAUCCGCCAAGGCUGAAAUCGAAUUCAUAUAAAGGCCAUGCGAAAGGCGUCGUAUUAUUUGACAGUAAAUCGGGAUUUUGGCUAAUCCACAGUGUUCCAAAUUUUCCACCUAAAAAAUAUUACGAAUAUCCGUCAUCAGGAAUUCGGUAUGGGCAAUCAUUUUUAUGCGUAUCAUUUCAAACCACAGAACUUGGAAAAAUUGGAGAACAAUUACUAUAUAUUCAACCGGAAAUAUAUAGUUCACACCUACCUGAAAAAAUAGCAUUUCGAUUUCCAACUCUUCGAGAAGUUAUUAGGAAAAAUUCACGAUUAAAAAAUGAAAGCGUGUUUUCAUCGGUUAAAAAACUCUUUUCAUCUUCAGGCAGGCAAUUUAAAAGCUUUGCAAAACAUCGAAGAUAUGGAAAAGAUUUAUAUCGCGACUUUUUGGCACCAUUUCUGAAAAUUUCCUUGUAUACAGAAACAUGGAUGAAUGGUUUGGGUGAUUUUCAAUCGGAAUGUAAGUCAAAAUAUAAGGUGGAAAAUAUUGAACAUUUGCAAUUUUUGAAUAGAAUUUUCAAAAAUACAAAGGAUCAUUCGAAAUGGGCUAUUAGUCAACAUCGUUCGGAACCUUAUAUAUGUAUUGGUGACAUUAAUCGCCAGGUUGGAAGAAUUUAA